AUGGCAGAGAAGUCGACCUUGAGCCUCUUCGACAGGUUCCGCGCGCAGGUUGAGCACCGUAAUUUGAACGACCGAGCCCUGAUCGAGGGGCCUCUUGUCCACCUGAGCGACAAGGAGCUCCAGGCAGACGUCAAGGAGUUCUCAAAGCACCUCCCGGAUGUCUCGUACGAGGACGUCCUGCGCGCCGCGCGCGUCGCAAAGGACAUCCGCACGUACGACCAGGUCGCGCGCAACUCGGCCACGCAGACGAACCUGCUCGUGACGCUGGGGGAGCACGAGAAGAAGGGCCUCGUGUCGGAGCACGACGAGCUGCGGGGCCAGUUCCGCAAGAUCUUCCCCGUCGUGCUGACGGUCGGCUGCGCGGCCUUCCUGCAGGGCCACGUGCAGGCGUCCUUCAACUGCGCGAGCCUCUACGCCCAGUGGCUCGAGUGCCUCUCGCCCGGGCCCGGCUCCUGCUCCGGACCGCCGCCCCCGGACGACCUGCCCUGGCAGUGGAAGCUCGGCGCCGCCAACUCGAGCCCGUUUUUCGCGGCUGCCGUCGUCGGCGCGCCGUCGUCCCUGCUGCUCAACUUUUGGGUCGGCCGCCGCGGGGCCAUCACCGUCGCCGCCGUGAUGAUUCUGGCCAGCUCGCUUGGCUCUGCGUAUGUGACUUCGUGGUGGCAGCUGUUGUGUGUCAGGAUCGUGAAUGGUGUUGGCAUGGGUAUCAAAGCCGUUAGUACCCCUAUUCUAGCUGGCGAGAUCGCCUUCACCCAAUGGCGUGGCUCCUCUACGCUCAUGUGGCAAUUAUGGGUCGCGUUCGGAAUAGGAAUCGGCUCCGCAAUAAACCUGGGCAUCGCGGCCUGGAACAAAGCCACUCAAAACGACGCUUCGGCGGACAAUCAGAUAAAAGCACUGAGAGAAAUACUAGGCGCACCAUUCAUACCCGCAGUCCUCCUCCUGGUCGCCCUGGGCUGGUGUAUGGAAAGCCCGCGGUACUACAUGCAGCCGAACACGCCACACCGCAACCCCUCCCGGGCCUACGACAUUCUUCUCAAGGCGCGGCAGACAAAGCUCCAAGCCCUCCGGGACCUCUACCUCAUCCACAAGUCGGUGGAGCUGGAUGAGUACCGCCCCAACGCGCCCGAGAUCGAAAACGCCGGCAUGUCGCACGCAAAGUCCGGGCUUACGUAUGCGAGCCAUUUCGGGAUGGCGGUCACCUACUGCUCCAGGCAGUACGCCCUCCUGUUCAAGGAGAUCAAGCUGAGAAACGCCGUGUUGAGCACGUGUGUGGUGGCAUUGUCUCAGCAGCUGUGCGGCAUCAACAUCUUCGCCUUCUAUUCGAAUACCUUCUUCCUCAACUCUGUCGGCGACAAACUAGACGCCAUGGGCUUCAGCACUGGCUUUGGAGCUGUGAACUUUGUCUUCUGCCUUCUGGCCAUCAGGCGCAUCGACACGUGGGGCCGGAGGAAACUGAUGCUGACCACGCUGCCUCUGAUGAGUCUCUGCCUCGCCGUGGCUGCCAUGUUCUUCAUCAACGACGACCUCCUCGUGCCCACCGUGGUAUUCAUUUAUCUAUUCGCCGCCGUCUACUCGCCCAGCCUGGGACCCAUCCCAUUCACGCUGGCAUCCGAGAGUUUCCCCCUGGCACAGCGUGAAGCGGGCUGCUCCGUCGCCAUCGCGGUAAAUCUCUUCUUCGCCGGCAUUCUGACCCUCCUGUACCCGAUGCUGGACCCGGCAUUAAAGCACUGGGGCGGCCUGGUGCUCUUCUCCGGCCUCAACCUGGUGGCUUUUGUGCUGGUGUUCCUCCUGGUCGAGGAGACCAAGGGGUUCAGCCUCGAGGACCUGUCCAUGGUCUUCGCCGUGCCCAAGCACAGGUUCGUCACCUUCCAGCUUGGGUACGUGCGGUAUCUGUGCCGCAAGUACUUCUGCGGGUCCAAGGAGGACGAGCCUGAGUUUUAUACUGUUGCCCUUCACCACCGCCACUUCAACCAGGCUGAUGGGGGCGCAAGGGGCGGGGAGGAGUCUGAUUUGUCUGAGGAGUGA